GCCGUUUCUGCCUGGUUGAAAGUGAUCGAUGUCCAUGUUUCCACCAAGGAUAACCUGCUCAACAAGGUUGGGGUGGAACUGGCGAUUCGGCGCAUGAUCCAUUACCUCUCUCAGAAGGUAUUCAAUGCCGGCGAUGGGAAGUCCGAAGUCAAGUUGAUCGAUGCCUUUGGGUCCUGGAGCAAGUACCGUGACGUGGUUCUGAACCAAGACAAGAAGAAGGCUUUUCUCGAGCAGCUGAAUGCCAUGGAGCGAGAGGCCUUCGUAUUCUGCGCGGAACUGAUGCGUGGCAGUUGCGUUCAUCACGCCAUCAUCUCCACAGCUGUUGCCGAAGCCUUUCUGGUGCCCGCAGAGUUGAUUUUCCAGCGGUCUGAGUGGCUCAAGGAUGACGUGUUCGACCUGGAGGAGUUGCUCGAGCCACAGGUUGAUGAGUCCAUCCAGGCAGCAAUGGAGGAGGCAGAUGCCGCGGAAAUUGCACCUCCAGCGCCUUCAGAGCCGAAGAUCCCAGAGAAAGAACCCACAUCGGCAGCACCAAAGACAAUCACGCCAGAUGAGGUGCCCGUGGUGCAGGAGGAUGCACCGGCCCCGCCAGUGAAAGAACGAACCAGAGCCAGCUACUUCAAGGUCAUCCAAAUUCCACAAUGGAUGGAGGAUUUGUUGAGCAAGGUCAGCAUUGCCAGCUUCGAACAGGCCACAGUGCAAAAGGUCGCAGUUCAUUCUCGCUUCUGUUUGCGUGGCUUUAUCGCGACCGUCAUGCGGAUCUUGAAUAUGUCAGGGAUGCCAUCGAUCGUUGCGAAGGAAAUCCUUGGAAAGAACAUGAUCGUUGAGGAAAUCGCUGCAGAGAUCGAGCCCAGUGCAGCAUUCUGUCUGGGGUUGAACGCAGCUCCAUCUCACAUCUUCUGCGACAACAAGCAGGUAAAGCCCAAGGCCGACGUGUUCUGCUACGUUCAUCAGGCCAAGUGCAAAGUCAGUGAAGGAGGUUUCGACAUCUUUUGUUCGGGCUUCUCGUGCAAGGGGAACUCGAAACAGAAUGCAAAACGGUGGGCAGAGGAUCCCGUCAGCGAAUCCGAGCAUUUCGCUUCGUUUGAGGAUGUUGAAACCUUCAUCAAGCAGUUCUCGCCGAUGGUUGUGAUCUUAGAGAACGUACAAGGAAUGCUGAUGCCAAGGCAAAAGGGCGAGGAUAUGAAGGAUACCGUCUUGGAUACUGUGCUUCCUCGACUUGCAAAACUGCCUGGAGGUUACGGUUUCCAAGCUGUUCCGAUUGAUAGCAUCUGUCUUCCAGAUCCACGACCUCGUCUGUACCUGAUCGGAACACACUCCAAGCUUGGACCCGGCGUGGAAAAGAUUAUAUGCAGGAAUAUCAAGACAGUCUUGGAUUCGGACAUAACCAAGACGUUUCAUCAUUUGGAUUCCUUCCUGCUGGAGUGCCCCCAAAAGAGUCCUUUCUGGCAGUCGAUGGUUGCACCUACACUCUCGGAACAACAAAAGACCGAGAGGUUGGCCGAGUAUCAGUCUGCCUUGUCCAAAGCCAGACAGCAGGCAGCACACAGAUACACUGGGAAAAUUCCAGAGGAUCAUGUGCUGCGGGUCGGUUCCGAGUCAAGUAAGUAUGCUGCAGGAAAGACCCCGACGCAGCAGGCCCACAUCGAUAUGUAUGCAGAAAUCACUGAGAUGCUCCUGCAGGAGAAGAACGUGGAUCGUGAUGCAAAGGACACCCAUCCGNNUUUCGCUUGUCAU